AUGGGCUGGAAGGACUUUUCAUUUGAGCUGCAGUCCUUCAAACCAUCCAUCAUGGCAUAUGAUGUGGCUGUAGAUAUUUUUGACAAUUCCGGCGGGGACUGUCGUCUGACUUUCAUUGUUCGCGACGACAUAUAUAGCCAAGUCGAUGUCGAGCAACUGGCCGAGAGUUAUAUCUGCCUUGUCGAUGCGUUGACACGCUGGCCAGAGGUGACUAUUAGUGAGCCGCAGAUGUUUGAGGAAAGCAAGAUGCAAACGGCACUUGAUCUGGGUCGAGGGCCCAUCUACGAAUCGAGGCAAUGGGGACACACAGUCGUACACCGCAUCGGUGAGAUUGUUAAGCAACAUCCCACAAAGACGGCUGUCGUUGAUGGCAACGGCGUCGCCAUAUCAUACCACGAUUUAUUCCAGGACCAAGUCAACAAGAUUGCCGUGGAACUGGAUGCCGUUGGAGCGACGUCUGGUGCUCGAGUCGCUGUGUUGCAGGAACCAUUGCCAACCUCUGUGGCCACAAUACUUGCCAUCUGGAAAAUCGGAGGCACGUAUAUACCACUCGAUCUUCGAACCCCGGGGACCCGACGAGCUGCCAUCAUUGAAGACUCUCAGCCCCAGCUAUUGCUCGUGGACGAGUACACGCGAGAGUUUACGGAGGUAUUGGAGCUGGAGAACAUCCAGGUGAUUGAUGUCUCGAAAGUCAAGAACUCUACGAAGCAAAUUCCAAACUCUGUCACUGUGAAGGCUGCGUCCGCCAUUCUCUACACUUCUGGCUCUACAGGAACACCCAAAGGCAUUGUUCUCACACAUCGUGGCAUCCAAUCUUGGCUUCAGCCAUGUGCUCUCUUAUACGCCCUCAACACACGGAGCCGGGUCCUUCAGCAAAGCUCACAGGGAUUUGAUAUGUCUUUGAUGCAAAUGCUCACUGCAUUGUGCUUCGGGGGAAGUGUAUAUUUGCUCCCCCGCGAGCUCUUGGGCGAUGCCCGGGCUAUUGUCGACAUGAUCACGCGUCAGAACAUAACACAUACCUUUGGAACGCCCUCGGAGUACUUGAGCUGGCUCCGAUUUGGAGACUCUCUGGCCCUGCGACAUUCAUCUUGGACUUUUGCAGUGGUUGGAGGUGAGCCGCUCACGGAUUCUGUUCUCAAAGAGUUCGCGACGCUCGAUAAACCUGAUCUAAGGUUCCAUCACAUGUACGGAACCUCCGAGUCAACAUUUUGUGCUUCGGUCAUGGAAUUGGACUAUAGAAUGAUGUGUGGCGAAGAUGGCCACCCGGCAGCGGCUCGAGUGAGCUACCCAGCAGGCGUCACACUGCCAAACUACAAUAUGUACGUCCUCGACGAGCACCAGCGGCCACUGCCCCCCGGUUUCAAGGGAGAGAUUUUCAUAGGCGGGGGCGGCGUUGCGCAAGGAUAUCUGAAUAAUCCAUCUCUCACCGCCGAGACGUUUCUGCCUGAUCCUUUCGCAACAGCGGACGACCAUGCUCGGGGCUGGAACAUGAUGCAGCGGACGGGUGACAUGGGCCGAUGGUCGCAGACGGAACACGGCGCCAUCAUUAUCGAGGGCCGUGUGCUCGGCGACACCAUGGUCAAGUUGCGAGGACUGCGUGUGGAUCUGCGGGAUAUAGAGAUGGCCAUGCUCCAUGCCGGAGGCGGUUUGAUUACCGAUGUUGUUGUGUCGGUUCGUCAGACCUCGCCUGACCUGCCGGAGUUCCUUGUCGCUCACGUUCUGGUCCAAAGCAAUCUGAACCAAGACAAGGACACCUUCGACUUUAGGACAGUUCGUACCAAAAUGGACUUGCCCUUGUCUAUGAAGCCGGCCUUCAUCAUUCCAUUGGAUUCUCUGCCCAUGACGUCCUCUGGAAAGCUUGAUCGGCGUGCUAUCAAUGCGCUGCCACUGAUGGAUAAGCAUGUCGAACCCGAAGAGAUCGCCUUGACCACAACGGAGGAAAGGCUGAAGCAUGUUUGGGAAGAUGCUUUGCAUGACGCCCACGCGCUACACAUCAAACCAAACACCGACUUUUUCCACGUAGGCGGUACAUCCUUACUCCUGCUUGGUCUACGUGACAAGAUCAAGACUGAGUUUGAAGUAGAGCUCUCGCUUGUCGAUCUGUUCGAGACAAGCACCCUGUCCACUAUGGCAAGUCGGAUUGAAGGGCGAACUUCCCCGCGGCAGCUGAUUGAUUGGGACCAAGAAACGGCACUCUCCGCAUACAUGUCUGAUCAUGGCAUGUUUCAACCAGUUCACGAUACCUCGGCGAGAGUCAUUAUCAUCACUGGGGCGACAGGGUACCUCGGGAAGGCACUCGUCGAGGCUUUGGCCGACGAUCCGACAAUAGACGAGAUCCAUUGUCUAGCAGUACGCAAUGCCAGUUCGCGAGCAGAAUUGAAUCAUAUCAACAAGGUCAUCGUCCACGAAGGCGACCUGGGCCAAGUACGACUCGGAAUUUCUCAAGCUUUGAUCGACGAUCUUUUUGGGAGAGCCCAUCUCGUCAUACACAACGGUGCCGACACGUCGUACAUGAAGACGUAUCAUUCCAUGCGACAGAGCAACUACCAGACAACGAGAGAUCUCAUCGAAUGGUGUGUGCCGAGAAUGGUUCCGUUCCACUAUAUUUCGACAGCAGGUGUCGGAUGCUACGCACCCGGCUCGUCACUUUGUGAGGCCUCGAUGAGGUCGACACCGCCACCCCUCGUUGGUGAUCUGACCGGCUACACAGCCUGCAAGUGGGCGAGCGAAGUGUUCCUUGAGAAUGUAGUACGAAGAUGUCCAGAAUGGCCCGUCUACGUGCACCGGCCGACCCUUAUUAGCCGCGACGAUAUCCCUCAGUUGGAUGCAGUUCACAACAUUUUGGGAUUUGCCCGCAAGCUUGGUGCUGUGGCGUCAGCCGAGGGCGUGGCCAGCGGAGUCAUGAAUGUUGUAACUUUGGAGGCUGUCGUUACAGGCAUCACAAAGUGUUUGGCGGUGCACAAUCAAGACGGUGGCAUUCAUUUCGUCAACCACGCCGGCACGCUCGAGCUUCCGCUGAAUGACAUGCGCAAAUGGGCACUGGAGAGGACGGCGGGCGGGGAUGUCCGGCUUGCGGAUGUCGAGCUCGCCGAAAUCCACAUCGAUGAAUGGAUCCAGCGCGCCGUUGACCAGGGCAUGCAUCCUACUAUGGCUGUACUACUGAGAACGUUCGCUCGGCACGGUGAAGUUGAGUUUCCAGUUGUUGUCACCAGUAAUAUUUGA